AACAAAUAGUACGUAGGUCAGAGCCUUUUCCUUCCCCAGUAGUGCCCUCCGCCCACCUCCGAGCCGGAUUUGGCGUCUCCUCCGAGACGCGAAUCAGGAAAGAGCUCGUUUCCAUUGGCUACAGAGGCUUGCUCGGCCAAUGGGACGGCAACCUUCGCUGAUCGAUGGCUCGGACGACACAGAUGAGCCACACAGUAGACACCCGCGAGAACAGAGCGAGCUUGGCCGUCAGUCGUCGCUCACCGACCCGCCUCGAACGGGGCAACCGCCGCGGUGCGGUGUGCGAGGAGGGGGAGAAGGAAUAGAAAAUGGGGAUGCGGGCGUCUUAGACCCGCCUCUGCCGCCCCAUUGCUUCCGUCUCAAACAGCUGGCCCUGGGAAAAAGGCGAAGUAGAGGGAAAGCCGCGGCAUGGGAAGCUUCACGCUCAUCCUUCUCCUACACCUAUUGAGCUCGAGUCAGUAACCAUGUGCUCGACGCCACCGUCCCUAUAAGAUCUCGUCCUCCCCCUCUUCCUUCCUUGGAACCAACCAAUGCGUGCUCUCUCCCUCUCCUGAUCGAGAAUUUCUUGAGCUGUUCAUCUGUUCUUGUUCUUUGGGACGAUGUGUAGGUAGAGAUAAGAUAUCGGUCUGAUAGCAGACUUUGUUUGCAUCUUCUUCCAUCUUCGGCACCGAGAGGAGGAGAUGGGUAGCAUGGAUGACUACCCGAGGAAGCCGAGCCAGAGCCAGAGUCCGACGCGGUCGAAGCUCAAGAUCCUGCUGGUGCUGGUGUUGACCAACCUCCUCUCCAUCUACUUGUUCUCCGGCUCCUCCGGCCGCAUCAAUUGGCUGCCGCCGGCUACCCACCUCUGGGACUCCGGCGCGCUGCUCCGCGAGCUGAACGAGACCCAGGGUCUGCUCUCGGCCAGCCAGGCCGAGGUAAUGCUGCUCAGCAGGCGGCUGUCCACCACCAACACCCUGCUCGAGACCCUCCUCACCGACGUCGGCAAGGCCCGGCGCGACGAGGCGGCGGAACAGGACCUGGAGGGGUGGGCGCACCAGCUCACUGGGGAGCUCAAGCUGGCGGUGGGGCCGCACAAGCUACCCCUAGGCUAUACCCCCAACCUCGGCUCCGACGAGCUCUACCCGACGCUCGGCACGGCUUGCCGACGCUACCAGGAGGAGCUGACCCAGUACAUGAGCUACGAGGUGGGCGGGGAGUGCCCGUCCGACGAGGCAUUCGCGCAGCGGCUGAUGCUGAAGGGGUGCGAGCCGCUCCCCCGACGCCGGUGCCACCCGAAGUCCCCGGUGGGCUACGUCGAGCCCACUCCGUUCCCGGAGAGCCUCUGGUCCAUCCCGCCCGACGCCAGCAUCACCUGGGACGCGUACACCUGCAAGAACUACGCGUGCUUGGUCCACCGCAAGAUGGAGAAGGGGACCUACGACUGCAAGGACUGCUUCGACCUGAGCGGGCGGGAGAAGGACCGGUGGCUGUACGACAACGGGGAGCUGGACUACGGGAUCGACGAGGUCCUGGAGGCGAAGCACGGCAGCGUCCGCAUCGGGCUCGACAUCGGCGGCGGCACGGGGUCGUUCGCGGCCAGGAUGAGGGAGCGCAACGUGACCAUCGUGACGAGCUCCAUGAACUUCGACGGGCCCUUCAACAACUUCAUCGCCUCGCGGGGGCUGCUGCCGCUGCACAUCAGCGUCGCCCAUCGCCUUCCCUUCUUCGACAACACCCUCGACAUCGUCCACUCCAUGCACGUCCUCAGCAACUGGAUCCCGGACUCCAUGCUGGAGUUCGCGCUCUUCGACAUCCACCGGGUGCUGCGCCCCGGCGGUCUCUUCUGGCUCGACCACUUCUUCUGCCUCGGCACGCAGCUCAACGCCACCUACGUGCCCAUGUUCCAACGCAUCGGCUUCAAGAAGCUCCGAUGGAGCGCCGGCCGCAAGCUGGACCGCGGUCUCGAUAAGAACGAGUGGUACCUCUCUGCUCUGCUGGAGAAGCCCACGACAUAGACCAGAGUCGACGAGCUGAUGCCACAGUGCUACCAUGUGUUGCUUUCGACUGACAUCCUUCAUCUUGUUCUUGCAUUGCUCCUCUUCAUACAUACAUUACGUCUUCCUU